CCUUUUUCUUGUCCUCUUAAAUGAAAAUUCAGUUGUUCCUGCAUUCCACGUGUUAUUGUUUACGAAAUAUAAUCAAUUCAUGUUAAAUGGGGUGGAAAUCCCUAUCGAUCUCGUCCUCGUUUUGCAGAUUAAUAGCUCCAGGCAUUGUCUGCAUAUUAGGCACGAAAUUGACUAGGUGAAUUUUAUACUGUUUGGCAAAUUGAGGGCAAAAAAGAGAAUAAAUGGCGGCGGCGGGGGCUAAUCAAACCUUCAGUUUCUCUAAGCUGUCGAGGUCAAGGCGCGUCAAUCCGUUGACACCUACGGCGGCGGCGUUUCAGAGCUGCGCAGGUAGGAAGCUCGAGAUUUGCGGUGGCGCUGCCGCGAGAUCGAGAUUCGUGUCGCCAAUCAAGGCAAUGGAAAAUUCGCGCCGCGAGUUCGAGAAUCGGGCGGCGAAGCGCGCCAACGGCGCGGCAAAUCAAUCUCUGGUCGAUUCCGCCGCCGGAGACUGCGGAGGUAAAAAAACUGUUGAGGUGGGUACAGUAGGGAGUUCGACGAAUAUUGCGUGGCACAAGUGUUCUGUGGAAAAGUGCGAUAGAGAGGAGAUGCUUAAUCAAAAGGGCUGCGUUAUUUGGAUCACUGGUUUAAGUGGAUCAGGAAAGAGCACUGUGGCAUGUGCUUUAAGUCGUGCUUUACAUGCCAGAGGAAAGCUCAGUUAUGUCCUUGAUGGGGAUAACUGUAGGCAUGGUCUAAACCGCGAUUUAAGUUUUAAAGCUGAAGAUAGAUCCGAGAAUAUAAGAAGGAUAGGAGAGGUGGCAAAGCUUUUCGCAGAUGCUGGAGUAAUUUGUAUUGCAAGUUUAAUAUCACCAUUCAGGAAGGAGAGAGAUGCCUGCCGAGAUUUACUUCCUGAAGGGGAUUUUAUUGAGGUAUAUAUGGAUGUGCCGUUACAAGUUUGUGAGACAAGGGAUCCCAAGGGAUUGUACAAGCUUGCACGAGCUGGAAAAAUCAAAGGUUUUACAGGUGUGGAUGAUCCAUACGAACCACCACUAAACUCUGAGAUAGUGUUGCAGCAAAGUGAAGGAAUAUGUCAUUCUCCAGCAGUUCUGGCUGAGCAAGUUAUUUCAUAUUUGGAAAUAAAAGGAUAUCUGGAGUCAUAAUGUGCAAAUAUACUGCUUCUUUGCAUCGGUGACUCAAGCUGGCUGUAAGCAAAGGUUGUUUGUUAGAAAAAACGGUGGUAUUUGUUGUGCAUAGUUUUAGGUGUUGAAUGAUUUAUGAUUAAUCAUGAAUAUAUGAUCAAUAAAAUCUGUUCUUGGACAGGUUGUAGUUGAUUGAUCAAUCAACUACAAUUGAUGUGUUAUGUGCCCAGUUUUAGGAUAAAUGAGUGACUAACCUCAUCUCGGUUUGUUGAAUUGCUAUUGGUCAGUUUCUUCUAGUUGAUUUAUCGAUCAACUACUGCGACCAACAAACCCUAAGGUGCAUUUGUGAAAUAAAUGUAGUACUAUAUCUUUUUAUCAACUUUUCAUCUUGUACUGAAUAAUGUGAUGUUUUUGUUGUACCCCUUAUUUAACAGAAAUAGAAAAACCUGGUGUUUGUAUGA